AUGACCAUUCCGACGGAACUCAUCUCUAAAUCCCAAUAUGCCUACACCAAGGGCAGAUCUGUGGAAACAGCUCUACAUUCGUUAGUUGGCUUCAUUGAAGAGUUGCUAUCACAAAAGGAGUAUUCACUUCUUGUCUUUCUCAAUAUUGAAGGAGCUCUCUUCACUGGAAGUUGUACUGUUGACAGUUUAGUGCACCAAACCAAUAUAAAUAUUACUGUUUGCCUACAGCUUGUCCAAAAUUUAGAAACAUACAGCUAUAAUUCCAACUAUAAUUCUUCACUUCGCACUGAGGAGUACAUCAAUUUGAAUAGACAACAGCAUGUUAAAAAUAUCGAGGAUUAUGAUACACAAAUGGAAAUAUUUAAACAAUCAUAUGCAUCAAGUCUGGAUACCAUUAAAGUACAACAAGAUAUGCUGGUCGAUGUUCAGGUUCAAACAGAUGAUAAAUUAAAUCCAUUAGAAAUUCUAAGCGAUUUAAGCAAAAAAUGUGUUUCCAAAUAUCGUUCCUCCAUACCAACAGUAGCUGCUACCAAAUCAGCAAUUAAUUCUUGUGUUACCACUGCCAGCAACCAACUUAAUAGUAUGCUAAGUAGUAAUCUUAAUACCAGAAACUACUUGGAUAGCUAUUACAAAAAUAACUUUGAAAAAGAUAUUGAUACUUGCCAAAGAACAUAUAGUUCGUUACAAUUAAAUUACACCAUAUGUAUUACAAAUGUGGUAACCACCACCAACAGUUAUACAAUUACCAAUCAAAAAUCCUUUGCCACACAAAUGGAUGCCGCCCAGUGUUCGGCUACAGCCAAUAUCAAGAAAGCUUUGGAUUGCAGUUUUACUGUACAAAAUAAGACUAUUUCCUCAAUUGCUGAGGCCAAUACUUUGAUUAACAAGUGUCUGGUGGGUCAAGAUGACUGCAAACAAUGUAAUCAGCUCAAUACCUGCUCGGAAGUCUAUUAUUUGAAACGUUCAGAAGUCGAUUAUAACAGCAGAACUAUGGCAAAUCCUUUCUAUGGACGUAAUGAUAUAAAGGAUUGCUUGAAAUUACAGAUAUAUUAA